AUGAUCCGAUGCCCGAGCACGCCGCUGCAGGGUGCUGACGUCAUCCGUGACGUCGAGUUUGUCGUGUUUGACGAGGUCCACUACGUGAACGACGCGGAGCGCGGAGUGGUCUGGGAGGAGGUGAUCAUCAUGCUGCCCCCCCACGUGACCAUUGUCAUGCUGUCGGCCACGGUGCCCAACGUUAUGGACUUUGCGGACUGGGUGGGGCGCACCAAGAACAGGGUGGUCUACGUCAGCGACUCUCCGGGGUAA